AUGUCUUCAACUACGGAUCCCACGGUCCCGCUCCCCACUGCAACAGACAUCGACGACGACGACGAUGACGACGAUGCGAGUUCCUCACAACUUCAGCCUCCGGCCGCAACAACGCCUCCCCAGCAGCCAACUGUGGCUCCUGCUCCCGCGCCAGCACCUGCAACCGAGACCGUCGGUGCUGGCAUCUCCAGUCCGGCAUCUGCUCCUACAACGGCGCCGUCCAAUCCAUCGGUAGCAGGAUCAGCCAGCGCGUCAAGCACCCUCCUUCCACCGUCAGCGACCGAGCUCGCAGAUCUUCUACCGAGUGCAUCACCGACCGCCCUGAAUCCCGUGAACGACAGCACUGGCACUGGUGGGGGUCUCGGAUCAGGUGCCGCGGCGGGUAUCGGCAUCGGCGUGGCGCUCAUCGUGUUUCUCGCAGUGUUUGGCACGUGGUUCUUCCUGCGGCGCCGCAGAGCACGUCGGACCAAGACCCGGACCGCGUCCGGCCCCAGCUCCGACGAGGAACACGCGCAGAAGCGUCUCAAGCCGGAGAUCUAUGCGUAUCGUGCCGGAGGCGCGGCGGAAGUGUCCGGCGACGAGAAGUCACGGCGUCGGAGCGAGCUCGAGUGCCCGACGUAUGUUGCUGAGGUCGAUGGUGGACAGGUGUUUCGCGCGGAGCUCCCCGGGUCUGCUGUGCCUGCGGCACCUGCUGGGAAGAAAGGCGAUGAGAGGCUGUUCGGGGAUGUGCCAAUCGACGAGGUUGAUGAGCCAGCCGAUGCACAGAAAAGGGUGGGGGACAAGGACGAGCGAUUAUUCUCUGAUCCGCCAAUUGAUCAAGCAACCGAAACACUCGAAGCAGAAUCUUCGUCGAGGCCGAUGGAGAAGAAGGGGUAG